CGCGGACCCCAGCUUCUCCGGCUCCCCGGCUCUCCUGUGACCUAACCCCCACCUCCACUCUCGCAGUUGCUUUUGAGUUUGCCGCCGAGGAGGAGGUAAGAAGGGAGGUAAAAGGUGGAAGCGGAUCGCGGAGCCCAGAGUGUCAUGCGCCGCGCCAGCCGAGACUACACCAAGUACCUGCGAGGGUCAGAGGAGAUGGGCAGCGGAGGCUCUGGAGCCCCCCACGAGGGUCCCCUGCACCCCGCGCCACCCCCCGUCCCGCACCAGCCCCCGCCUGCCUCUCGUUCCAUCCUGGUGGCCUUCAUGGUCCUGGGGCUGGGCCAGGUCGUCUGCAGCGUCGCCUUGUUUCUCUACUUCAAAACCCAGAUGGACCCUAACAGGAUUUCAGAUGAUGACACCUGUUGCUUUAUAAAACUUUUCAAACUUCACGAAAACUCAGAUUUGCAAGACACGUCUCUGGAAGGUCAGGAUGCAAAAUUAAUGUCUGAUCCCUGUCGGAGAAUCAAACAGGCCUUUCAAGGAGCAUUGCAGAAGGAACUAAAGCUUAUGGUUAGGACAGAGAAUACAAGAGCAGAGAAAGCUAUGAUGGACCAUCCUUUGUUGGAUUUCUCCAGGAAAACCCAGCCAUUUGCUCAUCUCACUAUUAAUGGCACCAAUAUUCCCUCAGGCUCCAGAAAAGUGAAUCUUUCUUCUUGGUACCAUGACAGAGGUUGGGCAAAUAUAUCAAAUAUGACUUUCAGCAAUGGAAAACUAAGGGUCAACCAAGAUGGCUUCUACUAUCUCUAUGCCAACAUUUGUUUCAGACAUCAUGAAACUUCUGGUGGUCUGGCCACAGAAUCUCUUCAGCUGAUGGUCUAUGUCACUAAGACCAAUGUGAAAAUCCAAAAUUCUGAUACUUUGAUGAAAGGAGGAAGCACUAAAUACUGGUCGAAAAAAUCAGAGUUCCAUUUUUACUCCAUAAAUGUAGGAGGAUUUUUUAAACUGAGGUCUGGUGAAGAAAUAAGUAUCCAGGUAUCCAACCCAUCAUUACUGGAUCCUGCUCAAGAUGCAACUUACUUUGGGGCUUUUAAAGUUCGAGAUAUAGAUUGAACCUCAAGUUUCACUGUUAGUAAUUACACAUUUCCUAGGGCGUGUUAAUUUUUAAAAAUAUGUCAGAAAGAUGUUUCAUAGCUGUGUCAGACUACUAGGAGACAUGACUUAGAGCCUUCUGAGCAGAAUUUUACCCUCAGAUGUGUGCAUUUGACUCUGUGUGUACACGUACAAAGGGAGCAUCUGGAUUCAAGAUAUAUUCCAACAUACAGGCUUUAUUACACAAUGGUUUAUAUAUUUUGUAAUAAAUUCCUAGAAUUAAACUGGAGUGUGGCAUUUAUGGUUACCUUCAUAAAACGCUACAUUUGGGCUAUUAGAAGGGGCUACACUUGACUCUUGGUCUUGCUGCAGUUUCAUGCCACUACGAGGCCAAACCUGAUAGGAUUUUAUCAUAAUUGCAAGAGGGGGAUCAUCUGAAGAGUUGAGUUCUUUUGAAUUGUUACAUCAUGCUAGAUCCUGCAAAUAAUUUUUUUUCUAAAGAGGAAAGAAAAAAAUAUGUAUUUUUAUAUAAUAUCUAAAAUUAUAUUUCAGAUGUAAUGUUUUGUGCAAAAUAUGUAAAUUAUAUUUGUGCUAUAGUAUUUGAUUCAAAAUAUUUAAAAUGUCUUGCUGUUGGCAUAUUUAAUGUUUUAAAUGUACAGACGUAUUUAACUGGUGCACUUUGUUAAUCCCCUGGGGAAAACUUGCAGCUAAAGGAAAGAAAGAUUGUUUGCUAAUAGCAAAUGUAAUAUAUUUCUUUGUUCUUUUUAACUUAAUAGAUUUUUCAGACUUGUCAAGUCUAUGCAAAAAUUAAACGAAUUCCAUGAAUAAUGAGUAGAAUGUUGGUCACCAGGUGCCUUUCAAAUCCAGAAGCUAAUUGACUUUAGGAAGCUGACAUUGCCAAAAAGAAUACAUAAUGGGCCACUGAAAUCUGUCAAGAGUAUUUAUGUGAUUAUUGAACAGGUGUUUUUUCUACAAGUGCUGCAGAUUGCGGAUUUUGGAUUUCUUUUUUAAAGUGUAAA